CGACUCGAUUAAGUUUCAGCUUGCAGCACUUCAGCAGCCUCGUGUUCACUCACAGUGCCUGUCCACCACUUCCAUCUCUUCAAUCAGAAUGAAGACCGCUCACUUCAUUGCUAUCGUGGCCUCGGUGCUUGCUGCAGCCACCUUUGCCGCAGCUGCAUCCUACUCCUCCAGCCUUAAAAAUGACUGCGAUUUUGACGUCAAUGUGAACAUCGUGCUCAUACCGGGUCUCCAGCUCGGGUCACUUGGUGUCAUCACCGUGGUUGCCCACACCGUCCAGUCCGUGCUGUACACCAUAACGGGCCUCGUCGCCGGUCUGCUCGGCCUGACCUGGAAGAUCUCCGCUGUGAUCGAUGGGGUCUUGCGCACCGUUAACGUUGUGGUGCCCUUGAAUGGUACGGUUCAGAUCGUCGAGACAGCGGUGGGCACGGUUGCAGUUCUCGUCAACAAUGUGGUCAAGGGAUACCUACUUCAGUAGUCCCAAUCUGAAAAAUAGGUCGGGUGAUUCCUGGUGGACACGAAUCAAAGAACUUGAAGUGUUUUGAGACACUAUCAGACCUUUCUAGAACGAAUUGGGACGAUAAUUAUACUCGUCUCUUCAUAAUUGUACCUUCUCCUCUAUAUACUAUAAAAGCUCUUCACGAGGGCGAUGAUCACUUAUUUCGU